CUUAAUCGGAACGCGCUGAUAAAGCUCCGAACGCGUCUCAAUUUACUCCCCUGCCAAGACCCCUCGACAUCAUCAUGGCCAACGACAAGCACUAGGUGGGAAGAAAUAGAAACAAGACAUCGUUCUACCACACUCAACACAGGUCAAUUGCACGACACCUCAUUCCCACAACCAGAAUGUCGCCCUCGUCACCGCGAACCUCGGCCCCCACGGCCCCAGAGCCGCAACAACCACAAACACAGCAGCAACGACAAGCUCCCCCGACAACGACAGAAGUACCACCAACCACACAGCCAAGCCAAGACGCGACACAUACUCACCAAACACCGGCGACGAUGACAGCACCUACAACAGCACCUAACACCGCAGCCCCGGCAUCGCCACCGCUCCCCGCCCGCCACACGGCCGUCGCGCCGGGACCGAGGGCGACGGCGCUGCAGCAGGCGUUUGACGAGGCGCUGAACCGCACGCUGGCCAAGCUCGAGUGGGACAAGUUCGCCGCCUGCUACCCGACUGUGUCGGCGCGGGCGCCGAACUCGCUGCGGUCUGUGCAGCAGCGGGUGGUGGGCUUGCUGUCGGAGAAGUGCAGGAAAGAAUUCCAAAUCAUAUUGGACGAGCGCCAAGUCGUGCCCAAACUAAACGAGCUGGAAGCUCUGGUCAGCGAGGCGGCGAUGAGGAGAAAGGACGCCGGCGACGCCGAGCCCGGCAUACCACCUCAUCUCCUCCCGCCAGAAGAGGUCCUGGCCGCGAACCUGGCCCCGCUCCUGGCCGCGCAGCAGAACCAGCUCAACGCCAGGCUGCAGACGAUGCAGUCGCACAACGCCGCCCUCUUUGACGAGAUACAGUCCCAGCGCGCAGAGGCCGCCGCGCUCCUGGCCGAGCUCGACGCCGCCUGCGCCGAUGUUGGCGGAGCGAACGCCCUGCUGGACGAGGUCGCCGACGAGCUGGCGCGGGAGACUCGGGCGACUGAGGUGGAGAUGACAGGGACGUAGGACAAAGAAAAGAAGAACAAGAAAAAAAAAAGCUGGUUUUAUGCACAUGUCAUUUUGGGGAAAAGGCUGUUGAUUGGGCUAUCUACACUUUACACGGCGCCAGGGCAGUAAACAAGCGACACUGGGAGAAUGGCGUUGUUGGCGGUGAAACUUAGGAUACCAUUUGCUUAAUUCAUUCAUGGUUGUUGGGUGGGUUUCUCAUAGCAGAGAGGGUCGUCCUUCUGACGGCCAUGUUCCCCCUUGAAAGUGACAGCUACUGCGAGGAUGGCUUAUUUCGACCAAGCACCGGCCAUACGCCAUCCACAAGCCCGACCUUGACGUCAUUCUUGUUUUUCUCCAAGGUUUGAUCUAACAAACUCAACUCAAUAUCCAUCAAAUUCGUUUCAUUGGAUUCGCACA